AUGAAGGAUGGUUCCCCCGCCGUUCUAGCACUACAUAAAGCUGCCGAUCCCUCCCUCUCAGGCGACAUGCGCUUUUCUGCUGCUUUUGCUCUAGCUGGCCUGGUGGCUGGCUCGGCCGCUGCUGGCUGCCCGUACGCGGAGCGCGCCAACAACGAUGCUGCUGCUGCUGCCCCUGCCGGCUGUCCCUACGCUAAGCGCGCCGCUGCCGCUUCUACACAAGACAGCUCCCGGCUGGCCCGUCGGGGGCCCAUCGAGGGCAAGAAGGGUAUCUUCUACAGACCACAAGUGAACCGCAUUGGACCCUCCGGAGGACAACUAUGGAUCUCCAACUCUGACGGCACCAACGCGACGCAGUUGAUGGGCAACCAGAGCAAUGCCUUCGACUACCACCCUACAUGGUCUUCUGACGGAGAGUGGAUUGUCUUUACCAGCGAGCGCCGCGGUCCGGGUCAGUCGGACUUGUACCGUGUUCGCGUGGAUGGCUCGGGAUUAGAGACGCUGGCGGCCACUGAUUCUGUUGAAGACAUUGGUGUCUUGUCUCCGAAUGGAAAGACCCUGGCCUAUGUGUCCACCCAGGGCAACUACACCACCAACAUUUGGGUCAAAGACCUUGCCUCGGGACAGGCCCAAAACCUGACCGACACCGCGUCCAACAGAGCUGACAACACCUGGCCCACUGGCCACUUCCGCCCCUCUUGGUCCCCCGAUGGAGAGUGGAUCGUCUUCAGUUCGGAUCGCAACACCGACUGGACCGGCCACAGCGAUGGUACCGGCUGGGAGCACACCCAGACUCUGGGUGUGUACGCCGUCCGCCCCGAUGGCAGUGACUUCCGCACCGUUAUCCGCCAAGAGGGCUACUCGCUGGGUACUCCUCAGUUCUCGCCUGAUGGCAAGCGCAUCAUCUACAACAAUAUGACUACUGAAGACACCUAUGGCUGCCACGGUGUGUCUGCUCAGCAGGAGGCCGUCACUGCACAGAUCUACAGUGUGGACUUUGCUACUGGCUCCAACGUCAUUGCCCAUACCUCCGGUAGCUACCCCAAGGUCGGUCAGCACUACAUUGGCAACUCGACCAACAUCGGUUAUCUUAUCAAGGCCGGUGACUACGAGGGCAUUCACUACACCAAGCCCGACUUCACCCACCGCUCCUUCAACCUGACCAACAUGCGCGAUCCCUGGUGGUCCCCUGAUGGCUCCAAGCUCGUCUACUGGGUCCCCAACUGGACUCAGCAGGCUGCCGAGCUGAAGCUCUGGAGCUACGACACCGAGUGGGAGUACCGCUACAUGGAUGUCUUCCCCAUGCACAACACCGUCGUCAACCGUAUUGCGUCGACCCAGAAGGUCCUCGGCAGCGCCAACGGCUCUCUGGUCCACUCCUCCCCUGUCUACACCGAUGUUGUCGACGCUCUCGACUCCUACGACAUUUACAACAUCAGCAACUCCACCGAGGUCGAGUGGCUUGAGGAAGGUAAUUCUGGUGCCUUCCAGCCCUCCUGGAACCCCGACGGCACGGAGCUGGUGUCCGGCUUCGGUGCCUGGUUCGUCAGCCGCACCACCAACACCGCCAAGAUCUACCACGCCUUCGCCAACGGUACCUGGCACACCAACCUGACCGAUGGAUCUGACAACUCUGGUUUCCCCUCUUGGUCCCCCGAUGGAUCUGCCAUUGUCUAUCGCAAGUGGAGCCUUGCUACUGAAGCCCCCCUGGGUCUGCACAUCCUGAACUUCACCACCGGCAAGACCCACCAGCUUACCGAUGGCUGGGACAACACCCCCGGCUGGUCCCCCGACGGCGAGCGCAUUGUCUUCACCCGCAACAACAACUGGACUGAGUCCUACGGCGCUCGCUGGUACGCCGAUCGCUUCGAUAUCUACACUAUCCGCCCUGACGGUUCGGAGUUGACCCGUGUCACUGACAGUCUGUCCAACGAUGCUCAGUAUGUUUAUCCCUCUUUGUUUCUCGAUUUCACUGACGGCCGCAUCAUGUGGAGCAGCGGUCAGUACGGCUUCAAGGAUGAGAGUGCUCUCUUCGACGACACCUUCCAGCCCUACGGCCAGAUCAUGGUCAUGAACUACGAUGGUACCAACAAGACUCUUGUCACUGAUACCAUCUGGGAGGAUUCGAUGCCUCUGUACAUGCCCAACGAGUACCUUGAGUAG